AUGAUGAAGUUAGGCAUCACCAUUGAUGAAUUGUCUGGAAGUCGUCUCAUGAUUCAAGGGUUCAACCAACGGAGGCAAAGAGCCAUGGGCAUGAUCAGAAUUGAGCUCGUGAUAGGCGAAGUAAAGAAAAUCUUAGGUGACAGCAAACCAUUUAUUGAAGCUGAGUCUUAUUUUGCCAAUGCCAAGUUUUACAUGGAUGAAGACAUGGUAUCUGAAGUUAUUCCCGUUGAGGUUCACUCAACAGGCAAGGCCAUACCAAGAAGAGAUGAACAUUCAAAGUUCCUUCCUACUGAAUUGAAAGGCGAUAAGCAGUCAAAAAGCAUUUUGUCUGGACAAAUGGGAUGA